AGGAACUCUGACUUUGGGGACCCCAACUGAUCAAAACUUUUAACAUGUCUCUAGGACACCUUUACAAUCACAAUACUUUAGGAUAUGCUUAUUCUUUACAAUAUAUUUGGCUUGAGAUGCUGUCAAAUAAAAAUAAAAAAACUCCACAGCUGCCCUUCCGAUGGCUUCCAGUUCCCAUUACUCUCAGCUGUUUUCUGAUUCCUGUGAAAUGCAGAUCGGCCUUAUUGAGGACACCAGCAGUAAGUCCUUAGUAACCCUGCGUGUGGACAGCUCAGGAUUUUAUCUCUACUGGACGUGCCCUAACAUGGAAGUUGAUAGUCUGGAUAUCAGCUUUAUAAGAGAUACUCGGACAGGAAAGUAUGCCAAAAUUCCUAAGGACUCUCGCAUGAGAGAAAUAUUAGGAUUUACUGGAACUGAGCAGCGUCCUGAAGAUAAACUUGUAACUGUUGUGUAUGGGAGUGACCUUGUUAAUAUCAACUUCCUCAACUUUAUGGCUGUCCAGGAGGACACGGCAAAGAUUUGGACUGAUGGACUUUUUAAAUUGGCAACAAAUAUUUUAGCACAAAAUUCAUCUCGGAACACAUUCCUGCAAAAGGCAUACACCAAACUAAAGCUCCAGGUUAAUCAGGAUGGAAGGAUUCCAGUGAAGAAUAUAUUGAAGAUGUUUGCAGCAGAUAAGAAGAGAGUAGAGACUGCUCUGGAAUCCUGUGGGCUGAAUUUUAACAGGAGUGAGUCCAUCAAGCCGGAAGAAUUUACCCUUGAAAUUUUUGAGCGGUUUCUGAAUAAGUUAUGUCUGCGCCCGGACAUUGAUAAGAUCUUACUGGAGCUUGGAGCCAAAGGGAAGCCAUAUUUAAAUCUCGAGCAGCUGAUGGACUUUAUAAACCAGAAGCAAAGAGAUCCAAGACUGAAUGAAAUUCUUUUUCCACCUCUUAAGAGAGACCAGGUCCGCCAACUUAUUGAAAAAUAUGAGUCCAACAAACAAUUUCUAGAAAGGGACCAGAUGUCAAUGGAAGGCUUUAGUCGCUUUCUUGGUGGAAGUGAGAACAGUAUUGUGCCACCAGAGGCCCUAGAUCUAAGUGAUGACAUGACACAACCCCUCUCCAGUUACUUUAUCAACUCCUCUCACAACACCUACCUCACUGCUGGACAGUUGACUGGGAACUCCUCAGUGGAGAUGUACCGACAAGUGCUGCUCACUGGGUGCCGCUGUAUUGAGUUGGACUGUUGGAAGGGACGACCCCAGGAUGAGGAGCCCUUUAUUACUCAUGGUUUUACUAUGACCACUGAGAUACCAUUUAAGGAAGUUAUUGAAGCAAUUGCAGAAAGUGCCUUUAAAACUACCCAAUUUCCAGUUAUUCUGUCGUUUGAAAAUCAUGUAGAUUCAGCAAAGCAACAAGCGAAAAUGGCUGAAUAUUGUAGAAACAUCUUUGGAGACGCCCUUUUAAUAGAACCACUGGAGAAAUAUCCUCUCCAGCCAGGUGUGGCUCUACCCAGCCCCCAAGAACUCAUGGGUAGGAUCCUGGUGAAGAACAAAAAAAGGCACAGAGUAGGAGGAAAAGGCUCAGAGGGCAGUGUGAAAAGAAGAGUCAGUGAACAACCGUCUAAUACGUACAGUGACUCGUCCAGUGUGUACGACUCACCUGCUACAGGUACACUUACCUCUGAAUUAGCUGAUGUGUCUUUAACCAAUGGUGAUGAAAAAACUGAGGAGAGAAUUCCUAAGUGUGCAGAACCCCGCAAGUCUAUAGACCGUGAUGCCUAUAGUGAAGAGGAGGAAGAUGAAGAACCUACUGACCCAAAAAAAUCUGAUGAGGGCACAGCAAGUAGUGAAGUCAGUGCCACAGAAGAAAUGUCCAAUCUUGUGAACUAUGUUGAACCUGUCAAGUUCAAGUCAUUUGACUUGGCCAACAAACGGAACAAAUAUUAUGAAAUGUCUUCCUUUGUUGAGACUAAAGCACUGGAACAGCUUACUAAAUCUCCCAUGGAGUUUGUAGAAUAUAACAAGAAGCAGCUGAGUCGUAUUUACCCCAAAGGAACAAGGGUAGAUUCCUCAAACUACAUGCCCCAGGUUUUCUGGAAUGCCGGCUGUCAGAUGGUGGCGUUAAACUUUCAGACAUUGGACCUCCCCAUGCAGCUAAAUAUGGGGAUAUUUGAAUACAACAGGCGCAGCGGAUACCUCCUGAAGCCCGAAUUCAUGCGCAGGACAGACAAGCCAUUUGAUCCAUUCACAGAAAACAUUGUUGAUGGGAUUGUGGCUAAUACAGUGAAAGUAAAGAUUAUUUCAGGACAGUUCCUGUCUGAUAAACGUGUUGGAAUAUACGUAGAAGUUGAUAUGUUUGGUUUGCCUGUUGACACGAAAAGGAAGUUUAAGACAAAAACUUCCCAGGGAAACUCCUUUAACCCUGUGUGGGAUGAAGAACCCUUUAUAUUCCAUAAGGUGGUGCUACCAACCCUUGCCUCUCUUCGUAUUGCUGUUUUUGAGGAAGGUGGGAAGUUUGUUGGUCACAGAAUUCUACCAGUGUCUGCUAUACGGCCAGGUUAUCAUUACAUCUGCCUCAGGAAUGAGAUUAAUCAGCCUCUGUGUCUCCCAGCUCUUCUUGUAUAUACUGAAGCCAAUGAUUAUAUCCCUGAUGACCACCAAGAGUACAUCAGAGCUCUGAUAAACCCCAUCCAACAUGUCAGUCUGGAUGAGAGGGCAAAGAGGCUCGUGGCUUUGAUUGGAGAAAGUGAGCUUAACAACACUGAAAAACCACAAGAUAGAAAAAAGCCAGACACAACAUACGAUUCUACCAACAGGAUCCUGAGUGACAAGAAACCUUCGAUCGCCCCUGUACCACCCCCUGCUCAGCAACGUGACGACCUCAUAGCAAGUAUAUUAACAGAUGUACUACCUCCUUCCUUGGAGGAAUUAAAGUUACAGAAAAGCUUUGUAAAGCUGCUUUGCCGACAAUACCAGGAACUGCGACACAUGCACCGUAAACACCUGCGCAAGGUGUCCUCUCUGUGUAAGGAGCAGAGCAGCAGAUUCAUACAGUUCCAGAGCAUCCGCAAGAAGAAGUUUGGAAAGAGCCCUAAAGCAGGACAAGACUCAUUGCCAGAGCAGGAGGAGCAACAGAAGAAGAUGAUGGAUCUCCAGGGAGAGCAGCAGAGACGUCUUGUAGAGCUUAGGGAAAUGCAACACGAGCAAGAAAGGAAACUUAAGCACUUUCACCUUCAACAGGCUGUGCUGAAGCUACAUGACGUUGCCCAAGCCUAUCAUUCCUCCCAGCUCAAGAAGUUAAAAGAAACUAGUGAGAAAGAGAAGAAAGAACUGCAAAAGAUACUGGACAGAAAGAGACAUAACAGCAUCACUAAGGUCAAGUCACAAGAGCGCCACAAGAAGGAAGGAGAACUGACCGAGAUCAACAGACGUCACAUCAACGAGUCGGUGAACUUUAUACGCAGUUUAGAAGAAGCACAAAACAAGCGUCUAGAAAAGUUGCUUGCUGCUCACCAAGAGACAUUGCAGAGAAUAAAGGAUGAGGAACCAAAGCUAAUGGCCCAGUUAGAGGAGGAAUGCCAAGCAGAGUUACGCCAGCUGCCCCAAGAAGUGCAACGAUAUCUGCAAGAGGAUGGAGGCAGCAAGGGUGGGAGCAGCUCCAGACCCCCUUCUUCAACACAGAGUACCCCUACUUCUAUCACAAGAGGCUGGGGGUCAGAACUUGUUGAAGGAGAUUGUUUACAGACCCCAGAGGACUCAGAUGAUGAAGCCACUCGACUCUGACCCCUAAAAGUCUAGAACUUUUACAAUACUUUCAUAUAUAUAUAUAUAUAGAGAUGAUCACCUCUUUUUUUUUUUAAAGAAGAAAAAUUUAUAUUCACUAAUAUAGUAUCCUCAGAAUUUAUUUUGACACUUGCUAUAAAUGGAGAUGACCAAGCUGAUGUGUUAAUGGACCCAACUAAAAUAUAAUAAGACUGCUAUGGGACAUCCCACAAUUCACCUAUACAUUGUGAAUUAUAGAAAUUCUUUCUGGAAAGAAUUUUUCUUAUAUAUUCACAGUUCUAAUCAGAAGCAGAUGAUAUGUGUGUACCCAUGAAUGAUACUGUUUGUGCAAUACUAUGUAUGAGUGUAAGAGACACUGUGUGCAUGUGCUGUAUGUGGUAUGUAUUAGUGGAGAGUGGGAGUCUGUCACCGUCUUAUCCCAUUUUAUGUAUUUUUUACACACAUUUUAUUUCUCUAUUAAAAUGGUCAGAA